CAGAGUUCCCCCAUGAUGGCCGGCGACUCCAGGAAUGCCAUGAACCAAGAUAUGGAGAUUGGAGUGACUCCCAGGGACCCUAAGAAGGUGCCCAAGCAGGCCCGCGACUGCGUCCCCAUCGCCACCGACCGCACCCGUCUGCUGGCGGAAGGCAAGAAGCCCCGCCAGCGCUACAUGGAGAAGACCGGCAAGUGCAACGUCCACCACGGCAACGUCCAGGAGACCUACCGGUACCUGAGCGACCUCUUCACCACCCUGGUGGACCUCAAGUGGCGCUUCAACCUGCUCGUCUUCACCAUGGUGUACACCGUCACGUGGCUCUUCUUCGGGUUCAUCUGGUGGCUCAUGGCUUAUAUCCGGGGCGACCUGGACCACGUGGGCGACCAAGACUGGAUCCCCUGUGUCGAAAACCUCAGCGGCUUUGUGUCUGCCUUCUUGUUCUCCAUUGAGACCGAGACCACCAUCGGGUAUGGCUUCAGGGUCAUCACCGAGAAGUGUCCAGAGGGGAUCAUACUCCUCCUGGUCCAGGCCAUCCUCGGCUCCAUCGUCAACGCCUUCAUGGUGGGCUGCAUGUUUGUGAAGAUCAGCCAGCCGAAGAAGAGGGCGGAGACCCUCAUGUUUUCCAACAACGCGGUCAUCUCCAUGCGGGACGAGAAGCUCUGCCUCAUGUUUCGGGUGGGAGAUCUCCGCAACUCCCACAUCGUGGAGGCCUCCAUUCGCGCCAAGCUCAUCAAGUCCCGGCAGACCAAAGAGGGCGAGUUCAUCCCCCUGAACCAGACCGACAUCAACGUGGGCUUCGACACGGGGGACGACCGUCUCUUCCUGGUUUCGCCGCUCAUCAUCUCCCACGAGAUCAACGAGAAGAGUCCCUUCUGGGAGAUGUCCCGGGCUCAGCUGGAGCAGGAAGAGUUUGAAGUCGUGGUCAUCCUAGAAGGGAUGGUGGAGGCAACAGGCAUGACUUGCCAAGCGCGGAGCUCCUACAUGGAUACGGAGGUGCUCUGGGGCCACCGAUUCACACCUGUCCUCACCUUGGAAAAGGGCUUCUAUGAGGUGGACUACAACACCUUCCAUGAUACCUACGAGACCAACACACCCAGCUGCUGUGCCAAGGAGCUGGCAGAAAUGAAGCGGGAAGGCCGGCUCCUCCAGUACCUCCCCAGCCCCCCCUUGCAGGGCGGCUGUGCUAAGGCAGGGCCAGAUACGGAGGCUGAGCAGAAUGGAGAGGACGAGCCUGGGGAGCUGAGUGGGUCCCAGGAGGCCAGGGGCUCAGUGUGA